CGACGACGCGCGAGGCACUCGCCGGAGAUGUCCAGCUGGAACCAGAGCGAUGCCGUGAGGGGCCGACAACCCGCGCGUUCCUCCUCCUUGUUCGGCGACGCCAACUCCGUGGAGAUGCAGAUGCGCGCCGACCCGGACCAGCUCGAGCGCGAGAACGACGCCGCCAUAGGGCACAUGUCCGACCGCGUCGCCAUGCUUCGGUCCAUCACCGACAACAUCCACAACGAGGCCGAGUCGCACAAGAAGCUGCUGGACAACAUGGGGGACUCCAUGGGAGGCGUCGGGGAGACGCUCGGGGAGACGUUGAAGCACUUCAACGCGGUGUUCGUGAACAACAAGAGCGGAAGGCAGUUCUGCUACGCGGUGUGGGGGAUGGUCGGCGUCAUCUGGUGCCUCCACUACCUCAGCUCGUGACGAAGAAAGCACCGUCUCGUGAAAGUCGCGAAUGGACGAUUCCGAUGGGGAGAAAGAGGGAGAGGAAGACAGAUGGGGGGGGUAAAACGGAGGGAGCCGAACGGGUCGAUCAGCGGAGACUCGACAUUAGCUAGCCGCGGCGGCGCGAGACGAACGGACGCCGCGCGCGUUUCGACGGCAUCAUCGGGAGGACGCUCCGCUCUCUCUCUCGCAAUUCGUAAAUUCACUCAUUCGGGUGCUC